AUGGCCACCGCACAUCUGCCCAUCCAGAAGUCGAAAUUCUACGACCAUAAUGGCGAACCCGGCUGCCAGGGACUGGAGGAAGUGAAUCGCAUGUUCCGCAACUUCUGGGAUCCCACCGCCUAUUGGGUGUGCGAAAAGCAAGGAACACGUGCUCGCCUCCAACGUUGUCCGCAAUCGCAGCUGUAUUCCGAGGAACUGGGUCGCUGCAUUCACUAUUCGGACUGGAGCUGGACGGAUCCCAAGGAGCCGCCAAGUCGCCCCAAGUGCUAAAGCAAAGGGGGCAACUUAUUCUCAGUCUGAACCAAACACAUACACUCACUAUUUAUAUGUAUACUUAAUGCUUAAUACCUUAAUAUUAUAAGUCGUAUUGUUUUUAGAAAACAUUUUUACUUUUAAGUGCCAAUGAAAAGAAAAGAAUAAGAAAAAAAAGAUAUCGUGAAUCGAGUACAACAAAA